CACGGGCGGAAAGACGCUGUAGGUUUAAUCAGUGUGAUUAUUAACAGGCUGCGCGCGCGGGUCCGCUUCCCCUCAGAGAGCUCUGAGACUCAGUCAUCAUGCCUGUGGCUGCCACCGGCACCGAACCUGCUGCCUCGCAGGUUCUGGACACUCUGAGUGACAGCACCAGUUCCACAACAGCAAAUGACCUGGACCUCAUCUUCCUCAAGGGCAUUAUGGAAAGCCCAGUGAGUGCAGAGAGUCCAGAGGAGCCUCGGCUUGAGGCAGUCAGAGACAAUAACGUGGAGCUGGUUCAGGACAUCCUGAGAGAGCUGAGUCCUUUCACACACCGCAGCAACACCGCUGCUGAGCUCUCAAAUAUCCUCAACCAGCCACACUUCCAGUCUCUUCUGGAAACCCAUGACUCUGUUGCGUCUCAAACAUGUGAGACUCCGCCCCCCAGCCCACGAGCAUUCAUGGAGCCCACUGCCAUUCUCCCACCUGUCCCUGCUGAUGCUGUACGCAUGGUGGGCAUUCGCAAAGUGGCCGGAGAACACCUGGGUGUGACGUUUCGUGUGGAGAACGGAGAGCUGGUGAUUGCGAGGAUCCUGCAUGGAGGAAUGAUUGACCAGCAGGGUCUCCUGCACGUGGGGGACAUUAUAAAGGAAGCGAAUGGUAAAGAUGUGGGAGAUGACCCCAGGGUUCUGCAGGAGAUGCUUCAGGAGGCCAGCGGCAGCGUGGUGCUGAAAAUCCUCCCCAGCUACCAGGAACCCCAACCGCCCAGACAGGUCUUUGUGAAGUGCCAUUUCGAUUAUGAUCCAGCCAAUGAUAACCUGGUUCCUUGUAAGGAGGCAGGGCUUCAGUUCAGUACGGGAGACAUCCUGCAGAUCGUCAACCAGGAUGAUGUCAACUGGUGGCAGGCUCGGCAUGUGGAGGGAGGGAGUGCUGGACUCAUCCCCAGUCAGCUUCUGGAGGAGAAGAGGAAAGCUUUUGUAAAGAGAGAUGUGGAGCUUCCACCAGCAGGAACACUGUGCAGCGGUAUUGGAGGAAAAAAGAAGAAGAAAAUGAUGUAUUUAACCACCAGAAAUGCAGAGUUCGACAGGCAUGAGCUGCUAAUCUAUGAGGAGGUGGCGCGGGUGCCGCCGUUCCGCAGGAAAACGCUGGUUCUGAUUGGAGCUCAGGGAGUGGGCCGGCGCAGCUUAAAGAACAAAAUGCUGGUGUCUGAUCCACACCACUACGGCACCACUAUCCCAUACACCUCCAGGAAGCCAAAAUCAGGUGAGAGGGAGAACAUGAUGUACGCCUUCACAUCCAGGAGCAAGAUGGAGGCAGAUAUUAAAGCAGGCCGUUAUUUGGAGCAUGGAGAGUAUGAUGGGAAUCUCUACGGCACUAAGAUCGACUCCAUCCACGAGGUUGUGGAGGCUGGACGCAUCUGCAUCCUGGACGUCAACCCACAGGCCCUGAAGGUCUUGAGGACGUCUGAGUUUUUGCCUUAUGUGGUUUUCAUCGAGGCUCCUGAGUUUGAGGUGCUGAAGGCCAUGAACAGAUCCGGUAUUGAAGCUGGAGUGGUCACCAAGCAGUUAACGGACGCAGAGCUGAAGAGGAUAGUAGAGGACAGCGGCCGGAUUAAGAGCACAUGUGGACACUACUUUGAUCUCACCAUCGUAAAUGAUAACCUGGACGAGACAUACCGCAGCCUGAAGGCCGGCAUGAAGAAACUCAACGGCAUGCAGCAGUGGGUUCCCGUCACCUGGGUCUUUUAGACUAAUGUGUCUUUUAGAUCCAUGGGACCAAAUGGAGGUUCUGGUGCUGUGUGUGUGUGUGUGUAUGUUGAGGUGUGUGUGUGUGUCUUUACAUUAUCAUACACUGCCCCUGCUCACUGACAGAGCUACUCUGCUACAGUGCUGUUUACUGAGCAACCCUAAUGUCAUAUCAGAAUGUAAAAGCUACUGUUAUAUUGUUACAUUACAAAUUAUUCCUUUAAUAAUCUGAUAGAGCUGGAUUAGUUUUCCCAGAGAAGAUAUUAUAAAGUAACAUAUCAGGCAAAAGUUAAAGAACACCCACAUCUUUUCCAGUUUUCCAUUUAACAAACACCACAGGUCCAUUUCAGGUGAAUAACGUGAAAAGUAAAUGUGUAAUCUGUCAGAACUUUAGGGGAAAAAACUUUUAAAAAGACCCUAUUUUAGCCAUCUAAAGGCGAUCCGUCAAUUGCAAAUCACACACCCGGAUUUAAGGAGUGUCAAUGUGUGUUUGGUAACGGAAGGACGCAAAAAAUAUGCCUUGUGUAAAAGGCAGGCAGUAACAUUAAAGAUACAGUUAAUCAGCGUUUCUGACUUUAGUGGAUUGACAUUUUAACGGUGCAUCUCCGCAGAAAAAAAUUACCUGCUCGUUUUUAAGCAAUAUUAUUUUAUUUUUUACAUGUGUUGUAUGCAGGCUGAGCAUACACAUGCUGAGUAUACAUGCUAAGCUUGUAUGCACACGUGUUAAGCGUACCCUUUGCGCCUUCUUUGCCAAGAUAGCAAUGAAUGUCUGACAGCUGACUGUUGUCAGGGUUCAAAUCAGUCAGUGGUGAACUAAUUUGGUGUGUUUUUCGUGGCCGAGUUAAAACACCAGAAAUUUAUCUGAACACACCUCACUUCCACACCAACACACCCAUCGGUGUAUAUACAGCUCUGGAAAAAAAAAAUAAGAGAUCACUUAAAAAUUAUGAGUUUCUUUGAUUUUACCAAAUUGAAAACCUCUGGUAUUUAAUAAAGAGGAAGAUGGAUGAUCACAAGCCAUCAAAUCAAACUGAACUGCUUGAAUUUUUGUAAUCCAAAAGCAGUGUGUAAGACUAGUGGAGAAGAACAUGCCAAGAUACAUGAAAACUGUGAUUAAAAACCAGAGUUAUUCCACAAAUAUUAACAUUUAAAAAGUCCUACCUAAAGUCCUACAACAUACACUACAGUAGAGCUUAGAUUCUCUGCCCGAACCAGACCUGACCCGAGGCCCGACCCGAAACUGGAGGGUGUUGUGCCGAUUCUGUGCGCGAAGCGGGAGUCGGAUUCGGCACAAGCGCGGCGGCACCUUGCGGUCCGCGGUGUUAGUUGUAAGCGCUCGCGCUAGCUGCAAAAUACGACAGAAAACACUGAGGGAGCUGCAGAAUUAUGUAUAGGAUUAGAAUAUGAGCACGAGGAGGUAAAAGAGAAACAGGAGAUACAGUAUGUGAGAACCUUUACCUGUGAGUAGCUCAUACACCAGAACACGCAAAUCUCUCUCUCUCUCUCUCUCUCUCUGUCUCGCACGUGAACUCCUCCGCGUUUGACUUGCAGCACUGUGUGUAGCUGUUCUUAAAAAUCAUUUUAAUUAAAUAAUAGUUAUAUGCUUCUAUGUUACAGUGUUAAUUAACAUAAUUCUGAUCAUAUUUCGCUCAUUCAAACAGCCUGAAAACAGCCAGUUUAUGGGGCGGAUCGGGUCGGGCUCGGGCUCAUAAUGACAGUUUAUGGUUCGGGUUGGGUCAGGCUCGGGCAGAACAUGCACGGGCAUGGACUGGGUCGAGUUGGAUUUUUUGGGCCUGAUCUAACCUCUACAUUACAGUAUACAUUUAAACCAGCAUCAGAAGAGAGGGUUCUGAGAGUCACCAGCUUGUAUAAGACUGUAUAAACUGCAUGUAACACUGGCCAGCUGUGCAGAGAAAACUUGGAUCUGUAGGUUAGACAGGUGCAGUGUCAGUAAUAAAGUCAGGGCUAAGAGGGCAAAAUAAGAAAAGCAGGCUUGAUUAGACCAUACAGCUACUGACUACUGAAAGCAUGUGAAAAAACAUGGGGUGUUCUAAACCUUUGGACCUCUACUGUGUGUGCAGUCUGAUUGUCUGAUUGGUUCAGGAUAAAGUACAGCUGGAUGCUUAUGUCACACCACAGUAUACUCUUAAUCAGAGGUGGAAAAAGUACUGAAAAAUUGUAAUUAAGUAAAAUGACCUUUACUUUGCUAAAAUUCUACUCAAGUAAAAGUAAAAAAGUACUCAAUUUAAAAUGUACUUUGAGUGAAAGUUACAUAGUUACUUUUAAUUAUUUGAUGAAAAAAGUACAACAAAUCAUACAUUAAUUAUUAUUAUUUAAUAUAUAUACAUUUUUAUUCCACAUAAUAAUUUGGACCUUUCAGGCAGUAUUUGUUUAGCCCACCCCACAAAACAUUUUCAAGAACAAGUGGAAUAGGUUUCUAUGAUCCAUUUUUUUUCUUUACUGUUAAAAAGUUAUGGUCAUAUAGGUGACUGUAAACUGUAUUUUUAUAGUUUUACAGUUUAUUAUUAUUUUUUAUAUAACAGUUAGUUCCGACCUCACAAUCUGAUUGGUUGAGAAGUGUUCUAGCCGUGAUGAUAUUUGUGAUAACAUCACGGUCUUCUCACACUAAACCUGUAUCUCUCUGCCGAAGCGUUGGUAAGUAACGGCGUAUAUAUACACAGGACAGCUUAGAAUCAUCAACGGCAUCAACAGCAGCGUUAGCUUAGCACCGGCUAGCGCUCAGCCGCGGCACGCUUGCCCGCAGCGCUGGCUGUCUUUUGUGGAAAAAUAAAAGAAAAUCUCUUGGCUAAUGCUGUCUGACAGCCAGAACGCUAACCAGCCAGGCUAGGCUAAGCUAAUGUUGAGCUAAAGCAAGCUACGCUAACCUAACCACAGUCCAGCCGGCUAGCUAACCAACAACACCCAGCAAAACAAGCAGAAAUGCUCAAAAAAAUUGCAGCGUUCACCUGAAGACGACUCCACGGAGCAGGAGAUGAGAGUAUUAGAGUUAUUUAACGCUCCUAACCUUACCAUCUUCACUUAUUCCCAAUUUUGAUUUCAAGCUAACUUUCUUGGUGUUAGUCUGUAUAAACCAUACACCGUUUUGUAGUUAAGUUUCAGUUCAGUGGCAGUUGUUGUGGAACUACUUUUUGAGGAAGGCACAGUCCAUAUUAAAGCAUAUUCAAACUGAAGUUCUUAUAUUAAUUUUCUUUAUUCAUUUUGUAAAAGAAAACACUGUUGUAUAAAAGCAAUAGAACACUCGAGGUCAUGUGUUAUCACGAAUAACAUCACAGCCGUGAUGUUUAACUGAUAAUUAACUUGCCAUUGCUAUGCUUUAACUGCUAUUUACAUCCAAGCAGAUUGUUACCAAUAAAAACUUAAAGAAAUAUCAUUAAAAACAUGAAAUCAUACAAAACAACUGUUGGUAUAAAUCAAAAUACCUUCUCAGGUAAAAUCAAUCCAGCUCAUCACAGUGCAUUAAUCAAAGCAGAAAAAUCAAAACAUCUCUAAAUCCUCUUAUCACAUCUUCAUAAUACAGUAUGUUCCUCUUUAAUCACAGCAAUAACAACUAAUUUGACGUUUUUCUGCCAAAGUUUUUAUUACAUUGUGUUUUUUUGUCACACACUUCCCCACAGCACCUCAUUAUUUAUUUUUAUUUAUUUAUUUAUUUAUUUGAAUUAUCAGCAAGUGAAGCUUUUAUUUAAGCACCAACUAAGACGUGUAGAUGUAGGAGUGUACAGAAGCGAUAGUGAUAGGUUAACCCUUUAAAGCCAUUCAGAAUAAUCAAAUACAUUUUUGUCCAUAAAUAACAUAUUGCCAGUAUAUCUGGAAUGUGUGGCUCUCUUUUUGGUAUACAUGCUCCUUAUUCUACCCUUAUACUGCCUUUAAUUUUUAUUUAUUUAUUUGUAUUUUCCAACAAUUAUUUUCUUAUUUAUUUCAAUAAUACUUUUUCUUUAUUUUAUUAUAUAUUUGUGUUCUUAUUUAUGUUAUUCAUUUCAAGAUUAUGUUUUUAAGAUAUUACUGAUGUUUCAGCCAUCCUUAAAAAAUCUCCUUUUUAACAGUCAUAUGAAAAAGUUUGGGCACCCCUAUUAAUCUUAAUCAUUUUUAGUUCUAAAUAUUUGGGUGUUUGCAACAGCCAUUUCAGUUUGAUAUAUCUAAUAACUGAUGGACACAGUAAUAUUUCAGGAUUGAAAUGAGGUUUAUUGUACUAACAGGAAAUGUGCAAUAUGCAUUAAACCAAAAUUUGACCGGUGCAAAAGUAUGGGCACCCUUAUCAUUUUAUUGAUUUGAAUACUGCUAACUACUUUUUACUGACUUACUGAAGCACAAAAUUGGUUUGGUAACCUCAUUGAGCUUUGAACUUCAUAGCCAGGUGUAUCCAAUCAUGAGAAAAGGUAUUUAAGGAGGCCAACUGCAAGUUGUUCUCCUAUUUGAAUCUCCUCUGAAGAGUGGCAUCAUGGGCUCAUCAAAACAUAACUCUCAAAUGAUCUAAAAACAAAGAUUGUUCAACAUAGUUGUUCAGGGGAAGGAUACAAAACGCUGUCUCAGAGAUUUAACCUGUCAGUUUCCACUGUGAGGAACAUAGUAAGGAAAUGGAAGACCAGAGGGACAGUUCUUGUUAAGCCCAGAAGUGGCAGGCCAAGAAAAAUAUCAGAAAGGCAUAUUGCACAUUUUCUGUUAGUACAAUAAACCUCAUUUCAAUCCUGAAAUAUUACUGUGUCCAUCAGUUAUUAGAUAUAUCAAACUGAAAUGGCUGUUGCAAACACCCAAAUAUUUAGAACUAAAAAAAAUUAAGAUUAAUAGGGGUGCACAAACUUUUUCAUAUGACUGUAUCAGACAUGAUACCCCUGGCUUUAAAGGGUUAAAUAAACUCAUAUAUUCAUAUUUUGUCUAGUUUUCAGACUGGUUGUAAAUAGCAGCUCAGUUAUGCACACCUUGAACCCCACGCUUGUUUGCUGCGUCAGUGUGAACGUAUGGUAAACUGGACUCAGUGUUAAACGUCUGUGGAUUUGUGCUGAUCAUGAACGCAUUUGCAAAUCAUAGACGUGAGCAUGGCAUUAGAGAUGUUCCUCUGGAGAUCUGUUGAGGUGGUGUUUGUGAAGUAUCUUCUCUUCUCACUGCAUGUCUCUCUGUGGAGUUUAAUCAUCAGUCCUCUGCUUGGAAACGAACGUCUUCAUAUAUAGCCGAGGUGCUUCAUUGCUAUGUGCUUGAUUUGAUGCUAGACGUGAACAUUCCAGCAAUAUUCCAGACAGGGCUGUCACAAUUCACUACUGAUUGUUUUUUUUUGUUUGUUUGUUUUGCAUUCAUUCUUAAGAAAAGGAAUCAGGUAAAUGGAAUGAUUCUUGGUGGGUAGUUGUGCCAGAAUUCCAUGGAGUGACUCUUAGUGAAGAUGACCAACAAAUCAACAUGCUGAGAUUCCUGUAAUGGUGUGAAUUAUUAUACAUGCAUUACACACUGCUUUUAUAUGUGUAGCUCAAUAAAUAGGACCAAGAGUUUAUCAUAUCAUUUAAAAUUUAUAACCAGUUAUCAGUUGUCCCUGGUACCUUCUGCUCUCUUCCUUCUGAAUAGCUUCUGGGUGCAGCUAUUUUUGCAACUGCCUCUUUGCCGAUUAAUUUAUUUAAUUACUGUUUAAAGCUUUCUGUGGGAGGCAAUUAUAAUUACACCAAUCACGUAACAAUGACAUAAAAUGUAUUGAUUUACAGAGAUCUUUAAAGGGUCCAUAUAAUUUAAAAAUUAAUUAUAUAAUUUUCUUUGUUUUAUUUAUCUAUUUAUUUAUUUUAUUCAAUAUAGCAUGUGAACAGUAAAUAUGUUUAGAACAUAUCGUCGCUGUUCUAUGAAAAACACUUAUCUCCAUUUUUGUCGAUUUUUAGUUUACUACAUAAAUUGAAUAGACAAACUGUCUCUUACACUGUGCCAAAAUUUCUUGAUGAACAGACCAAUAGAAACUCUUCAGAAUUACCUGAAAUAAACUCUUUUUACAUUGACUUUCAUUGAAAGUUUACAAGUUUUUUCUCUCUCCUGUAAACUUGCUGUUUUGGAGAUAAGUGUUUUUCAUUAGACAGCGCUGGUAUAAGCCAUAAGCCAUUAAUUUUAAUGAAUUUAAUUCAAUUUUUCACCCUACACUGUGGACCCAUGUAGGAUAUGAGCCCUUUAAAUUGACUUAAGGAGAAUAAUGCGUACCAGUCAAAAGAUAGGAUACACCUAUUCUCAUUUAGUGUGUUUUUGUCACCACAAAUAGGUAAUGAGAUGCAAGCGCAGACAGAUCUUUAUUCCAAAAAAAUUCACUAUCCAAAGGGCAGACAAGGGUUCAUUCACAGGCAAACAAGUAUAUCAGAGGCUGAGACUUAGUCAUGGUCAACAAAAACCUUAAAGAGAAUGUAAAUUGCAUUCAGAUGAGCGUGAUGGGGCCAGUGAUCAGAACUCUGGUGAUGCAGAGUGCUGUCGAGCAGCAGAAUAUGUGUUAUACCUUCUUUUAAAUAGCCACAUUUAUCUUUGGGGACAGAUCUGUACACUCUGGAUUUUAAUCUUACUGUCAAUUCCAUAUGUGUCUUUUAAUUGUUUUCAUGUCUUUAAUAUUAAUCUACAACAGGGGUUCCUAAACUUUGGCAAAUCACUGCCCGAGAAGUUGUGCCCAAACUUUUGACUGGUACUGUUUUUGUACUGUACAUGCAAAAGCACGGAUCAGCCAUACCAUUAAAACCAAUGCCGGGUGAAGUAAAAAAACACUGAUGAUCUGGUUCCAGUGGCUCCUGUCAAAGGGUGAAUAUAUUCAAGUAAAAAGCAAGUUAAAAUGCACAAGUGUCAGACCCUGUUUACACCUGGUCAAUUCAUGUGACUGGUAUCUGAAUCUCUGGUCUGUCAAGCUGAAUCUGAUCACUACGUGGGUCUCAAUAUGCUCAGUAGUUUCAUAUAUAGUAAGAGACAGACAUGUUUACACUGUACAAGUUUAACCGUGUCUCAGCCCACCUGCUAAUGUGGUUUAAGCAGUGGCGUGCAGUGAAUAUAGUGGGUACCCCUUCUGCAGGGGUUGAGAAGGGGUUACACAGCCAUGGCCCCGCCCCCGUAGUGAAAAUCAUGAAUCUGAUUGGUUAGACUGUCCUAUGACUUUGCUAGAAGACUCAUUACUACACCCUUCUCAAAAUCAGGAGAAGGGGCACGCAGACACAUGAGGCCAUGAAGCGAUUCUAAAAAGCUUUCAUUGGUUAAAACCGCUGUCAGUC